AUGGAUGUAACCAAGAAGAACAAAAGAGAUGGCACUGAAGUCACUGAACGAAUCAUCACAGAAACAGUAACUACAAGACUUACAUCCUUACCACCAAAAGGGGGGACCAGCAAUGGCUAUGCUAAAACAGGAUCUCUGGGUGGAGGGAGCCGGCUGGAGAAACAGAGCCUGACGCAUGGCAGCAGCGGCUACAUAAACUCAAGUGGGAGCAUGCGAGGCAGUGCCUCCACCUCCAGUUACAGGAGGGCCCAUUCACCUGCCUCCACUCUGCCCAACUCACCAGGCUCGACUUUCGAGAGGAAGACUCAUGUCAGCCGCCAUGGAACAUAUGAAGGGAGCUCCAGCGGCAACUCUUCCCCCGAGUACCCUCGGAAGGAAUUUGCAUCUUCUUCUACCAGAGGACGGAGCCAAACACGAGAGAGUGAGAUCCGAGUUCGACUGCAGAGUGCGUCCCCAUCUACCCGCUGGACAGAAUUGGAUGAUGUCAAGCGUUUGCUCAAAGGGAGCCGCUCAGCAAGCGUGAGCCCCACCCGGAAUUCCUCCAACACACUCCCCAUCCCCAAGAAAGGCACCGUGGAGACCAAGGUGGUGACAGCGAGCUCCCAGUCAGUGUCUGGCACCUAUGAUACAACCAUCCUGGAUGCCAACCUUCCCUCCCAUGUGUGGUCCUCCACCUUGCCAGCGGGGUCCUCCAUGGGCACCUAUCACAACAACAUCACAACCCAGAGCUCAUCCCUGCUCAACACCAAUGCCUAUUCUGCAGGAUCAGUCUUUGGAGUUCCAAAUAACAUGGCCUCCUGCUCCCAAACUCUGCAGCCGGGAAUCAGCACCAGCUCCUCAGUGUUCGGCAUGCAGAACAAUCUGGCCCCCAGCUCAUCCACCCUGUCCCACGGCAUGGCCACCACUUCCACAGCAUAUGGUGUGAAGAAAAACAUGCCCCAGAGUCCCACUGUUGUGAGCACUGGGGUGUCCACUUCUGCAGGUAACACCACAAAUGUCCAGAAUGAUGACCUCUUGCACAAGGACUGUAAAUUCCUGAUCCUGGAGAAGGACAACACACCCUCCAAGAAGGAGAUGGAGCUGCUGAUCAUGACCAAGGACAGCGGGAAGGUCUUUACAGCCUCCCCAGCCAGCGUCACUGCAACUUCUUUUUCAGAGGACACCUUAAAAAAGGAAAAACAAGCUGCGUACACCGACACCUACCUAGUGUCAGAAGCUAACGGGGAUGUGAAGACUGUGUCCGCAAAGGGCAAGGGCGCCUCUGCAGACAUCCACGGCUACGACCACCGCCAUGGUGGUGGAGGCGGUGGCGGCAGCAGCGGCGGUGCCCUUGGCAGUGGAGCCGCUGGUGGAGGGGGCAAGGGCUCGUGGGGGGCAGCGCCUGCCUGGUGCCCCUGCGGCUCCUGGUGCAGCUGGUGGAAGUGGCUACUGGGCCUGCUGCUCACCUGGCUACUGCUCCUGGGGCUGCUCUUCGGCCUCAUCGCUCUGGCCGAGGAGGUGAGGAAGCUGAAGGCACGUGUGGAUGAGCUGGAGAAAAUGAGGGGCCGCUUGUCUUACAACGAGAAGAUGGAGAGGAGCAGCCAGGAUGCUGUCCAGGGGGUUGCGCCCAGGCUGGGGGAAGGUCUAGGAAAAUCUGGGCUUGAUGGCUACAAUCAGGAGGACAUCUGGCAAUUCGUGAGGGCCAGGCUGAUGACAGAACAGGAAAACGGAAAUCUCCGAGGAAGCCCUGGGCCUAAAGGUGACAUGGGAGUUCAAGGCCCUAAAGGAGACCGAGGGUUCCCUGGAACUCCAGGUAUCCCUGGGCCCUUGGGCCACCAAGGUCCAGAGGGACCAAAGGGACAGAAAGGCAACAUGGGUGAGCCUGGCAUGGAGGGGCCCAUGGGCCAGAGAGGGCGAGAAGGCCCCAUGGGACCUCGCGGUGAACCAGGGCCCCCUGGGUUUGGAGAGAAAGGAGACAGAGGGGAUGCCGGUAAACCGGGUGUUCAGGGCCCACCUGGUGUCCCAGGCUCUGUCGGUCCCAAAGGUUCCAGUGGUUCUCCUGGCCUGCAGGGUCCCCCAGGCUCUAUAGGUCCCCAAGGACUCCGAGGUGAAGUGGGACUCCCAGGUAUCAAAGGUGACAAAGGACCCAUGGGACCACCGGGACCCAAAGGCGACCAGGGUGAGAAAGGACCCCGAGGCCUCACAGGCGAGCCCGGCUUGAAAGGUUUACCUGGUGCCGUGGGUGAGCCCGGGGCUAAAGGAGCGAUGGGACCCGCUGGCCCCGACGGACAUCAAGGCCCAAGAGGGGAACAAGGUCUUCCAGGAAUGCCGGGAACCCGGGGAUUACCAGGACCUUCUGGGGACCCAGGGAAGCCAGGUCUCACUGGACCCCAAGGACCUCAGGGAAUUCCUGGUACCCCCGGCCGACCAGGAGUUAAAGGUGAACCAGGAGCUCCAGGCAAGAUCAUGACUUCAGAGGGAUCAUCGACCAUCACUGUCCCAGGUCCCCCAGGACCUCCUGGAGCCAUGGGACCUCCGGGACCUCCAGGAGCCCCAGGCCCUGUUGGUCCAGCUGGUCUCCCAGGACAGCAAGGCCCUCGAGGGGAGCCGGGCCUGGCUGGCGAAUCAUUCAUGGGCAGCAGCAGCUCCAUCUCUGAGGUCCUGUCCACCCAGGGUGUUGAUUUACGAGGUCCCCCAGGCCCACCUGGCCCACCUGGGCCACCAGAUCCUGGCUUCAGCAUUGCCUCUUCCUUACCCUUUUCUACAAGACUAUCCAUUCCAGCCCCCCCGGGACCCCAAGGCCCAGCAGGGGAAGGCUUGCCAGGCCCACCAGGCCCGCCAGGAUCUCUCCUGACCAGCUCAGAGACCUUCUUCUCUGGCCCUCCAGGCCCACCUGGGCCCCCAGGCCCCAAGGGAGAUCAAGGCCCCCCAGGCCCCCGAGGACACCAAGGCGAGCGAGGCCUCCCAGGGCUCUCAGGCUCAGGCUCCAGUUCUCUUGGACUCAACCUGCAGGGACCACCAGGCCCACCUGGCCCUCAGGGACCCAAGGGUGACAAAGGUGAUCCUGGAGUCCCAGGGGCUCCUGGCAUUCCUAGUGGGCCCUCUCGAGGGGGAUCGUCGUCAAGCACCAUGUUCAUGCAGGGUCCACCAGGCCCACCAGGGCCCCCUGGGCCCCCAGGCUCCCUCAGCAGCUCUGGCCUGGAGAUUCAGCAAUACAUCUCUGACUACAUGCAGAGUGACAGUAUCAGGUCUUAUCUGUCUGGAGUUCAGGGUCCCCCAGGCCCACCUGGUCCCCCCGGGCCUGUCACCACCAUCACCGGUGAGACUUUCGACUACUCAGAGCUGGCCAGCCUCGUCGUGAGCUACUUACAGACUUCCGGGUACAGCAUCAGCACAUCCUCCACCUCCAUCUCUUCUGAAGACAUCCUGGCUGCGCUCCGGCGGGAUGACGUGCGUCAGUAUCUACGGCAGUACCUGAUGCCGCAAGGAGCCGGUGGAGAUUGGUUCCUCCAGUCUCUGGAUUAUGCAGAGCUGAGCAACCGCAUCCUCAGCUACAUGGCUAGCACUGGAGUCAGCAUCGGGCUUCCUGGCCCCCCGGGGCCUCCAGGCUUGCCGGGCACAUCCUAUGAGGAGCUCCUCUCCUUGCUCCAAGGGUCUGAAUUCAGAGGUAUUAUUGGGCCCCCAGGUCCUCCUGGGCCCCCAGGGCUCCCAGGCAGUUCAUGGUCCAGCAUCAGCAUGGAGAACCUCUCAUCCUACCUGCAGACUGCUGGCUUGUCAUCCAUCCCAGGCCCUCCUGGUCCCCCAGGCCCCCCAGGCCCUAGAGGGCCCCCAGGAAUCUCAGGCGCUCUGGCGACAUAUGCAGCUGAAAACAGUGACAGCUUCAGGAGUGAGCUGAUCAGCUAUCUCACAAGUCCUGAUGUGCGCAGCUUCAUCGUUGGCCCCCCGGGCCCCCCUGGGCCCCAGGGCCCCCCCGGGGACAGCCGCCUGGUGUCAACGGACAGCUCCUACAGCCGGAGUGGCAGCUCCUCCUCUUUCAGUCGGGACACCUCCUACAGCUCCUCCAUGGGCAUAGGAGGAGCCAGUGGAGGCUCCCUGGGUGAAGGGGGAGCCUUUGGCAUGGACAUGGGCCGAGGCUACGGGGCCGCGGCCGAGGGUGGCAUGUAUGGCGGCGAUGGCAGAUUCGGGGCUGGCUUUGUCGGAGGUCUGGAUUACAACGAGCUGGCAGUUCGGGUGUCAGAGAGCUUGCAGCGUCAGGGUCUGCUCCAAGGGAUGGCCUACACGGUGCAGGGCCCCCCAGGCCGGCCUGGGCCCCAGGGGCCCCCUGGCAUCAGCAAGAUCUUCUCCGCCUACAGCAAUGUGACCGAGGACCUCAUGGACUUUUUCCGAACUUAUGGAGCCAUCCCAGGACCCCCUGGGCAGAAGGGAGAGAUGGGCAUCCCUGGACCCAAAGGUGAGAGGGGCCCUGCUGGGCCACCAGGUCGGUCUGGGCCACCCGGCCCUCGAGGGCACAAGGGAGAAAAAGGAGACAAAGGUGACCAAGUCUACACCGGGCGGAGGAGGAGGAGCAUUGCCGUCAAGCCAUAA